GUGCCACAGUACCUGGUGAGUCAGAUCAUGGGUCCGGGGGCGUACAACCUGAAGGACAUGGGCGACAUCAGUGGGACCAGCAUAUCCUUCAAGAAGGCGUCAGAAUGCUAUCCGAAUGGCAACGAGGAUCAGCAGCUCUGCUGCAUCGCGGGCCCGGGGCACAAGCUAGCGCAUGCCGAGGAGAUGAUCUGGAAGAAGGUGGCCGAGCUGUCGAACGACUGGUACACAACAGACGGGUUCGAGAAGGCCACCGAGUGGAAGACCAGGACCGUGGAGGUGCCGAGGCAGUGCGUCGUGGAGCUCAUCGGUCCGCAG